AUGGCCCCAGUUGCAACGGGAGAGAUGGCGCCAAUGCAUCUACCCGUCUACAAGUCAAGGUCUUCCUCCGUCACUGCCUCUGUCUUGCAUGGCCCAAGGGAUUUGCGAUUGGAAACCAGAACAAUCGAAGAACCAAGCGCUGGAGAGCUGCAGGUUGCCAUCAAGCGCACCGGGAUUUGCGGGUCCGACGUCAGCUAUUACAAGAAGUUCGCCAACGGAGACCUCUGCGCCUGCCAUCCUCUUUCUCUGGGCCAUGAGUCCUCGGGCGAGGUCGUUGCCAUCGGACCCCAGGUCACAGGCUUCAGGCUGGGGGACAGGGUCGCGCUCGAGGUUGGUGUCCCAUGCGGCCAAUGCACCAUCUGCCGCAAGGGCAGGUACAAUCUUUGCAAGAAGAUGAGGUUCCGGUCCAGCGCCAAAAGCGUCCCUCAUUAUCAAGGUACCCUCCAGGAACGCAUCAACCACCCAGCGGCAUGGUGCCACAAGAUACCAGACCACGUCUCUUACGAAGCAGCUGCGCUUCUCGAGCCCCUUUCUGUAGCGAUCCAUGCUGUCAACAGGGCCACGCCCGAACCGGGAUCCACGGCAUUGGUCAUCGGAGCAGGAACCGUUGGUCUCCUGACUGCAGCAAUGGCUCGCCAGGCUGGCUGUGCACAAGUCACCAUCACCGACAUUGAUGCCGGCCGGGUCAACUACGCAGUUGAGAAGGGCUUUGCUACCCACGGCCAUGUCGUCAACAGCAACUCGGGCACGUCGACACCGGCUGACCCGGGAGUGAUGACGCCCGCCAGCAUCUUCUCGGUCCAGAGUGCCCAGAGCAAGUUCGACGGCGCCAAGUCGUUUGCCGCAGAGAUCCUCGCCCUCACCAGGGUCCCAGAAGAGGUCGAAAUGGAUGGCGAGGACGAUGGCGUCGACGUCACGUUUGAGUGCACCGGGAAGGAGGUGUGCAUGCAGACGAGCCUAUACGCCACCAGGCCCGGCGGUAAAGUCAUCAUGGUUGGUAUGGGUACGCCCAUCCAGACGCUCCCACUGUCCGUCGCGCACCUGAGGGAGAUCGACAUCCUCGGUAUCUUCCGGUAUGCCAACACCUACCCAACAGGCGUCCGCCUCCUCUGUGCCAAGGGCAAUAGCGGCCUCCCCUGUCUGGACGACAUGGUCACCCACCGGUUCAAGGGCCUCCACAACGCCUCCAAAGCCUUUGAGCUGGCGAGCCGGACGUUUGACGACGAGGGGAAGCUGGUCCUCAAGGUCGUCAUCGAGGCCUGA